AUGUCUCAAGCACGGGAAACCGACUCCAUACCAAUGGGCAAGGUACCUGAACCCAUCACACUCCACAAAGAAGCACCACAAACUAAACCCCCAACGCAGGGCUGCAAGCUGAUCUUCAAAACCUCCCCAACCCACCACUGGACCGAAGUAACCUACGACGGCGCCCCAACCUCCUGGGUCCCCUCCAUCCCCCCGCACUGGCACAAACACCACGACGAAUGGAUGCAAGUCCUCUCCGGCCGCGUAGACUUCACCCUCUCCGGCACCACCACAACCCUCACACCCACCUCACCACCCCUGCACAUCCCGCGGCUGCACGCACAGUUUCUAGUUCGUGCCGGGGGUGGCGACGGUGUUGAAGGAGCGGACGGAGCCGGAGGGGGGGUUUAA